UCUCAAGGAGACGGUGGCGGCGGUGGCGAGCGUCGUGGCUGCUGGCUCUUCGUCGUUGGCGUCGAACGCGGUCGCCUUCCUCAAGGAGACCGUGGCGCCGAUGGCGCCGCUGUCCGUGGGCGCGGCAACCGCGACGCUGUACAUGGGCGCGGCCAAACAUAUCCUGGACCACAUCAGGAGGGCCCAGAGCUGCGCGGAGGCGGCGGCGGACGCGCGCAGCAAAGCCGCGGCCGCGUUCCAGCGCGAGGCGGCGAGGUCGGCGUCGGUGCGCGCCGACGUCGAGCAGGCGACGCGGCCGCGCGGCCGCUGA